UUAAUAAUUGAGUUUCAUAAUAUAUUAUUCUAUUUUACAAAAAUGUUAUUAAUCUAUUAUAUAAUGCAACAAUUGUAUUUUUAGUGAGCACACAAACAGGAGUACUUAAAUUGUCCUAAGUUUUCUGUGACUUCUAUGAUAUUUUCAAAUUUUUAAUCGAAGUAAAAGAAAAAAUAAAACAACAGGAUUGGUCUCGUUUUGGCUUGAAAGUAAAAAUUUAAUUCUUUUAAAAAGGUUCCAGCUCCUCGAGGGUCUCUUCAAUCGCACUUCAAUUGAAAAAUUGAAGUUUUCGUAUCUUUGUAUCUACUGUGAAUUUAUUUCCUUUCAUUUUGUCGAAAAUGCAUUCAAUUAAUAAUUUUUUUUCUACAUUCAAUCCAUUACAAAAAAAAAUCUUCAAUAAAGCCAAGUGUUUCUCGCAUAGCUUCAGUACAUCCAUGUAAAAAUCUCUUAAAAAAAAUCAUUUACUCUUAAAAAACAAAUGAAAUAUCUUUUUUUGUCGAUAUGCCAUGCACGAUUUUCACAACCAAAUCUGUAGCAUAUAUUAGUUCCGAGCGACAACAGUGCUUCGAUGAAAGUGAUUCAUUGCUGUGUUUGCUAUGCGGUGAAAAAUGCACCCAGUACCACCUGGCCGAGUGCAAAAAUUGCAUCCUUAGUAUUAAUGACUAUUCAAAAAUAAAGUGAAGGAUCACUUUGAUUUUAUUUUAUUUUUUUUCGCGCACCACAUUGAAAAUUGCUAUGUAAAAUUAUCUAAGUUAAGUUGAAGUUGAACUCAAAUGAGUUUCAAAUAAAAGAAUAUAUAUCUUUUUCUUUCUUUCAAUAAUUCAUGGUAAAAAUGAUUGCGAAUGACAAUGUGGAUAUAUGAACUGCAUGAGAAAUAUUGUUAACUUUUUAACAAUUGUAUGAAAUAGAACAAAAAUAACAAAAAGUAAAUCAUUAAUGAUCACCACUGAUAUUUAUUGCAAUAAAAGAAAUGCUAUUUUAUUUUAUAUUAUUUCAACAGGAAAUGGGACACGGAAUUUCCAGGCCAGAGUUCCACCUGAAAAAAUUCUUUCUUAUGGAGUUAUGGGAGUUAUAAAUUGCUUGAAAUUGAUUAAACCCCGAAUUUCAUUUCAGCAAGACGAACGGGGUCUUGCCGCCUUAUUCUUUGGUUCAGACAGUGGUGGCAGCACCGGUCCCAUCGACGCACGCCACCCAAGUGAGGUGUGAGAAGCGGAGAAGCCGCCAUUUCGCUGCUUCUCAAUUUCUCCGCUCGUCUUGCUACGCUAGAAAGACUGCGCGGCGCUGCAGUCGCGAGUGCGUCUCGGUGACGACGACGGUGCUCCUCUGCGGACUCUCCUGCCACAAUCAAAUUUUGUAAAAUUAUUUUAUUUUCUGAUCUGAUUCGAGUCGAAAGCCAAAGCCUAGCGUAUUUUCUCGGUUUCGAAUACGCCAUCGUUCGGUUUCGGGCCGAAAACGGGCGUCGAGUGGCGCGGCGCCGAUCGAAUCCGAUGGCGCCGGCGAUCACCGCCGCCAGCGACUCCUCGCACUCUCUCAAGCUGGACGACGGCCAGACGCACGAGGCGGCCGCCCCCGGGGCCCCCGCCGAGGCCCACGCGCCCCAGCCCAAGAUGCGGCCCCCCCACGACUCCGAGCCUGAGCCGCUCAUUUCCGAGGACGACCUUCUGCAGCAAGUGCUGAAGACGAUGGAGGAGAACAAGGGCGAGGUGUUGGGCCAGUUGCUGAACCUGGAGCUGCUGGAGGGUGUCGGCGGUGGUAGCGGUGAGGCCGAGGGGCGGCUGGCGGAGGUGGCUGCGCGCCAGCACCACCUCCAGCGCCGCCUGGACCGCCUUCGCCGCCUCCUGCGCAAGAAGCAGGCGAGGAACCUUGGCUUCCACGCCUCCCUCCAGAUCUACGAAAUGGUGACCACGACCAAGGCCCUUCUGAAGGCGCGUGGCCUGCGGCUGCACGCGGCCGCCGCCUCAGAUGACCUCCUUGACCCUGACCACGUCAACGGGAUGUCUCCGCGAGCGUUGGCCUCGUUGGUGAAGCAGCUGUCGAGCGGUGGGGGCGGCGGGGGCGGACUGACGGCCACACUGGGUGGCGCCCUGAGCCACGAGCAGGCGGCCGCGCUGGCCGGUGGCAGUGGUCAAUUGGGCCAGCGGCUGCAACACGUUGAGGCUGCCUUUGACUCGGACGUGACCGCCUCCAGCAGCGGCGGCGACUCGGCCGAUGAGGCCGCCUCGUUCCCCUCACACAACCAGGCCAAGGCCCCAAUUCAAAAGAGGGCCGCGUGGCGGUUCGCGCGAGAACGAGCGUCGGCUGCGAGCAGGUGGGCGUGGCUGACGGCCAACAUCGCUGAACUCGAGUACCGCAUCCGGCAACUGGGCGACUAUCAGCGGCAGGUGCGCGGCAACAAGGGUGCUGUCGCCCUCCUGCCCCGUGUGGGCCCCUCUGAGGAGCCCCCCGCCGCCAGCAGGGUCGCCCCCCUCGACCUCGCCACCUUCCGCAAGAGGAAACUCUUCGUGCCCGGCAUGCUCACCCCCAAGGCGGCCAAAAGGGUAUGUCCAAGCGCAACGCAGCCGCCUUGUUGCCGCGACUCUUGUUCGAUGCCGUGCGUGCUGUGCUUCCCGAAGAAGGGGGCGGCCGUGGCGGGGGUGACAGAGGUGGGUGGCCGCGAGUCUGUGCGCGAGCGGGCGGCCAGACUAGACCCUGCCGUACACCCUGUGCUAUCUGCCAACGCGGACGUCGGCCGCUCCCUGCACAUGGCCGCCCUCCUGCGGCAGCCCGGCUGGCAGCAGGCCCAGCUUCGCACCCGCGGCGGCCUCUCCGCCGCCGCCGUCAAGAAGGCCACCCAAGCGGCGGCCUCCGCGGCCGCCCUCACAGUCCCCGCCGGCCCCAAGCGCAAGUACAGCAAAAACAGUUCCCACGCCAGCGCCAUCUCGGCCAAGUUGCGGAAAAAGGCAAAGGCGCGCAAAAAGCUGAAGCAGCAGCGGAUGGCGGCGGCGGCCGCGGACAACAAGAAGCGCGUCAAGAAGGUGUCGUGCAGCGCGGCGGGGGCGGAAGAGGCCCCCGGGGGCGGAGGAGGCCUGCUGCACGAGCUGCGCCAGGUGCGCAGAAAGCGUGAGAGUUCUUACGACAUUGACAACAUAGUCAUUCCGUACUCGAUGGCCGCCCUCACGCGCGUCGAGAAGCUCGAGUACAAGGAAAUCCUCACGCCCAAGUGGCGCGUGGCUCAAAUUUUGUCGGCAGUCUGCAAGGGCAAAGCGCGGCCCUCGACGGACGAGAGCGAGGUGGAGGACAUUAGUGACGAGGCGGUCGGGUCGCGCCACGAGCCACUCGAGCUCGAGGAGCGCCGCAAGUUCCGGUGUGUGCCGCAGCGUGGCGCUGUCCGCGGCCGCCGCACAGACAGCCGUGCCGAGAGUUCCGGCGCAAACACUCCUGACCCGAUGUCCCCGAGUGGGGUGCCUGAGGGCGUGGACUCUCCGCUGACCUCGCCCCGCGCCACCCCUCUGCCCCUGGAGGAACUGGGACGCAGCAAGGGCCGGCGCAGGACCGCCUCCCUCCUCCUCCUCCCGGAGGCGCCACCCCUGCCCUUCCUCGAAGAAGUGGCGCGUCCCUUUGAGCCGCGCGUGUUUCCCUUGUCGGAGGAGCAGUGCCAGAAAAUCCUGAGCGAGGAGGCCGACGAGGUGGUGACCCUGCCGCCUCCAAGCACUGCCCCCGCCCCCCAGUUGGUGGCAGAGGAGGCGGUGCCGGAGGCGGCGGGGGCGGCCGUGGGGCCGGCGUCUCCGUGCAGCAGCGACUCGACUGAAUCGGCGCUGCCCGAGGACGACCCCGAGUGGACGCUUCCAGACGACGACGACAGAUCUCAGUGAAGACGUCCCCACUAAACUUUACAGUUACGAGUUUGUAGUUCUACAAUUAAGUUUAAAAAGAAUGAAAGAAAGAGUCAAACAAAUAAACGUGGAAUA